GUACGGUACCGUGCAUCAGAUAGAUAGAUUAAUUCCACCACCCUUCAGGGAUUGGAGAUAAAACGGCUUUAAAGAACCCCUUGCCGAAAGAGGUAGCAUCAUCAUUUAUGCUGCAGAAGACAGAUUCAAUUGCCUGACAUUUAUUUGGCCAUGGUAUCUUCUGUUGAUUUCACACCCCAGGACUGGAGCCAAAUUUGAUGAUGUCAGAUGUAUAUGGUAAUAAAGAACCACACAAAAAGCAAAUGCUGUUUCUCUCUUUGAAGACCAGAUGAAUUUGGUUUUAGGGUAUUUUGAACUGGACGUGAACAAACCAUGGAUUUUGCCUCCAUCUUUGAUUACCCAGAACCUGGGAACUUCAACGACAGCAACUUCACAUGUACCAGCGGAGACUGUAUAUUAGUGGACACUGUAUUGUGCCCUAACACACUCAAUAGAAGUUUUUUAUUAUACACCCUAUCUAUUUUUUAUAUCUUCAUCUUUGUGAUAGGCUUGAUAGCCAACUCAGUGGUAGUCUGGGUGAAUCUUCAGGCAAAAACCACUGGUUAUGAAACACACCGCUACAUUUUGAAUCUGGCAAUCGCUGAUCUGUGUGUGGUCAUCACGCUUCCCAUCUGGGUGGUGUCCCUCAUUCAGCACAAUCAGUGGCCUCUGGGAGAGCUCACCUGCAAGAUCACGCACCUCAUCUUUUCCAUCAACCUUUUCGGGAGCAUUUUCUUCCUCACCUGCAUGAGCGUGGACCGCUACCUCUCCGUGACGUACUUCACCAACUCCAGCAGUCACACGAAAAAGGUCACCCGGUGCGUCAUCUGCACUUUUGUGUGGUUGCUUGCCAUUUGUGUGUCUCUGCCAGAUACGUACUACCUCAAGACGGUCACCUCCGCCACGAGCAAUGAGACAUACUGCAGGUCUCUCUACCCAGAAGACAGUGUCAAAGAAUGGCUGAUUGGCAUGGAGCUGGUCUCGGUCAUCCUGGGUUUUGCCAUCCCUUUUGCCAUCAUUGCAGUCUUCUACUUCCUCCUGGCCAGGACCAUUGCGGCCUCCAAUGACCAGGAAAAGCAUAGCAACCGAAAAAUAAUCUUCUCUUAUGUGGUCGUCUUCCUUGUGUGCUGGCUCCCCUACCAUGCCGUGGUGCUGCUUGACAUCUUUUCCAUUCUCCAUUUCAUUCCCUUCAGCUGUCAAAUGGAAAACUUCCUGUAUGCAGCCCUUCACGUCACUCAGUGUUUGUCUCUGGUCCACUGUUGUGUGAAUCCUGUGCUCUACAGCUUCAUCAACCGAAACUACAGAUAUGAGCUCAUGAAAGCUUUCAUCUUUAAGUACUCGGCUAAGACAGGCCUAACAAAGCUUAUUGAUGCCUCCAGGGUAUCAGAAGCUGAAUACUCUGCUCUGGAGCAAAAUACCAAAUGAUCAGACCUUCCCUCAAAAACUGUCUUUGGAACUUCUCCGCCUUUGGCUUUUACCAGGGAGUGGGAGCAGUAUCUUAGCACGAGGAAAUGUGGGGCAAGUCAGAGUGUAACACCCAAGUCAGGUGUCAUUUGGUUUAAUUCUCUGGGCCUACAGGGACACUCAAACUACACAGUUGGGAAAAGUUGUAAUAAAGAAAGCAUUUGAUGUUACUGGUAUUACACAUUGUAUCUGGCUUCAUUUCUUUUGUAAAAUAGGACAUCUUAAAUUCAUUGUAUAUUUUAUAUAGUGUAUUGUAUUUAAAACCUAAGACUUUAUUUUCUGGCUAUUGAUGUAUCGAAUACUUGUAUUUGAAAAUUAGAUAUAUUUUUAUCUUGUAUUGGAAGCAUCAUGUCUGAUGUGUGUACCCAGAGUGCUAUAGUUUAAAUGUUAGAUUUACUUCAUUUUUGACUCUUAUUGUGUCUAAUGACAAUAUUAAUAACAAUUAUUAGCUAUGUUGAAAUUAUGUCAGUUUUGGCUGAGAUGUUUUAUUUUCAAUAGCUUUUACACCUUUAUUGUGGUUUAUACCAGUAUGAUUGGUGUGGAAGCUGUUUCUUCUGUAAAAUAGUCUGUGACAUUACUGAAAAAUUAACAGUAUUUGUUUUAUGAUCAAGUCUGCUCAACUUUGCAGCAUUGUGCACACAUUUCAAAAAAUUCUUGCUAUCUGUAAGUUAUUUUUGUAAAUAAAAUUCUUGAAA